UUCAUGAGUUUGGCCGAUUUCAACGGCGAAGACUUGAACCUAUGUUUGCACAUUCUGGUGGCUUACGGGAUCUCAGCUCUCAUUAGAUAUUCUCCCCUGUCAUUACCACAUGGUCGUCCUAAAUGUCCCAGCAGCGGUGAUCCAGCGCUCAAUCAACGAAAGCCUGUACAACACAUUCGGCACAGCUCUAUCCUCGGGCUCUUCAGCACUUCUUUGAGCAUAGGAGCCCUGCUUGGCUGUGUCAUGGUCACACCCAUACUGAAUCGCUGUGGUGUGAAAAGCGCUCUGAUGCUUUUCAAUAACAUAAUUUUGCAAAUUGCUCCUAAACAAAUCAAGGGCUCACUGAGCUGUUUUCUGCAUAUUGCUGUUUGUUUUGGAUCGGCUAUUGGAGCAAUUCUUUCUCUGGAUUUUAUGCUAGGAGGCGAAUCAACAUGGGGAUAUCUCUUACUCGCUCCUGGAAUACUUAAGCACACCAAAAUUUGA